AAGUUGGACGCGUCGAUCGAUCGCUCGCUCUAUUUGGACAGACUCGUCGCGUGUAUGCUGCGGAUUUACAGUUACAUUUUUACUACUAACUUGCUGUGUGCGCUUGAAUGCCAAAUUUAAUUGGCACCGUUGCCACAACAAACGUAAACAACUAGCGUUUAAUUUGAAAAAUAAAAAACAAGAAAAAAAAAACGCAAAUCUUCACUUUCGUUUUUCCAACUUUCAUUUUUAUUUGUGCUUGCCGCAAAAAGUGUCAAUACUGUGCUGUAAGACGGUGCUAAAAAUCGACAGUUACAAGAAAAAAAUUUAAAGAGACAAAGAAGAAGAGCAAAAAUUACAAUAUGGCCAUCAUGGACACUGCUUGGCGUUGCCGUCUAAUGAUCUUCGGAGUGUUUUCGGUGCUGCUCGUCGGCGAUCUCUUCGGCUAUGGCGGCUAUAGUGUGAGGGGCGUCAAAUCCGAUCACCACGAUGAGGUGGGAGGUGUGCGGGUGCGGGCCGGGGCUGGUCCACCAACUGGACCAGCAGCAGCAGCUGGCAAGUUUCAGCAGAAGAAUGCCGAAAUCGACUUAGGCGAAGAGCACGACUUUGAUGAGUUCUCAGCGGCAGCUGCUCUGAAGCCGGCGCCAGGUGGUGUUUUGACGGGAGCCAACCUGAAGACGAAGUCACAGCUGACGGAUACGAUCAAGGAAUCGUGUCUGCCCAAAAUGCUAUGCGAACUGGCCGCCAAGCCGGACUAUCAGCUGAGCGAAAAGGAGAGGGAGCUGCUCAGAUUAAUAAGAUCACCCACGAUGCCCUGGAUGAUGAAUAUGCCGCCCAGCAAAUGGUAUUUUGCUGCUCAUAUGGGCGAGCUAAUGCGACACACUGGCGACAAUCUGAGCGGACCCAUGGGCUGUGCCAAUCUCUGGCCGAGUUGUCCCAUUAGCUCCAAGAAGCUAAUGAAGCUCAGCUACAAGGUUCGCGUUUAGACGUGUGACUGUAAAUGUGAUCAUAUAUAUAUGUAUAUAUAUAUAUACAGUAAUUUAAGUAUUAGUUAUAUAUAAACACACACUGGGCCCUAUGCUGAACAGACUCAACUAUUGUACUAUAUAUGUUUCAACUGGCCUUCAGUUUUCUUUUGCAUAAUGGAGCAGCGUGUGGCAGCAUGACUGAUGUGACAAUUUGCAACUUGAAUCUAUUAGCUGUAAGUCCUAAGUAGUCAUUUAAGUGUGGCUAGUCUGUCUCUGAAUAAUAUGUUAGCUUAGCAUUAUGCCUAAGGUUAGUUCGACUCGCGUCUAAUUGUAAAUAAAUGCAUAUCGUUAUUUUUAGCUUAAAUCCA